GUGGAAAAUGCUGCAUGCCGUGAAUGGUCCAGUAUGACUGGUCGAGGACAGCCUGCCGUGGCCGAGCAUCACUCACCGCUGCCUCGACGGGGUCUCGUCUUGCGGCCGUCAAAGACAGUGCUGGCGCAGCGCAUUGAAAGCGCCCUUUAUUGGUGGUGUAUGUGGCAUGUGCGCUGCAGUGUGUGAAUGGCACGUAUUGAGUUGAGCUGACCGUGUUAACCGUUGACAUCAUCGAUCCCCAGCCCGCGUUGAGUGAUUCAGACCUAACCUCGACCGUGCCGUGCUUUCCAGCCGGCCAUGUCGCUGCGCGCGCUGCUGGUGCUGGCGGUUCUGGCCGUCGCAUGGGCACAGGAGGCCGAGAAGCUGACCCAGCCGAACCCGUGCUCCUCCAAGCAGACCUGCAGCGAGUGCAUGCAGACGCCCACCUGCGCGUGGUGCGCUGUCACGAACUUCACCACCGCCGACGGCAAGCCGGCGCAGCGCUGCAACAAGGAGCAGAACUUCCUGAACGGCGCGCUCACCUGCGAGGCGGGCUUCCUCAAGACCUGGGCCAACCGCGUGCACGUGGUGCAGAACCAGACGCUGAGCAGUGUGAUCGCUGCCGGCGGUGGCGCGGCCGGCGGCGCGGCUGGCGGCGCGGCGGGCGGCUCGUCCAGCGCGUCCGGCUCGUCCAGCUCGUCCAGCUCGUCCAGCAGCUCGUUCCAGGCGACGCAGAUCGCGCCGCAGCGCGUGCGGAUGAACCUGCGCGUGAACGAGGCGCAUGACCUCAAGGUCAACUUCGCGCUGGCGCCCAACUAUCCGAUCGACCUCUACUACCUGAUGGACCUCAGCAAGUCGAUGGAGGACGACAAGGACAAACUGUCCACGCUGGGCAACCUGCUGGCGCUGGAGAUGCGCAAGCUGACGUCCAACUUCCGCCUGGGCUUCGGCAGCUUCGUCGACAAGGUGGUGAUGCCUUACGUCAGCACCGUCCCGGCCAAUCUGGAAAGGCCGUGCACUGGAUGUGAGGCUCCGUACGGAUACCUGAACGCGCUCCCUCUCACCUCAGAUACUGAGGCGUUCGCACGGAAGGUGCGCGACGCCAAGGUGUCGGGUAACCUGGACGCGCCGGAGGGCGGCUUCGACGCCAUCAUGCAGGCGAUCGUGUGCAAGGACGAGAUCGCGUGGCGCAGUAACGCGCGUCGCCUGCUCGUCUUCUCGACCGACGCUGGCUUCCACUACGCCGGCGACGGCAAGCUGGGCGGCGUGGUUAAGCCCAACGACGGCCACUGCCACCUGGACGGGCGCGGCCGCUACACCCACUCGGACAUGCUCGACUACCCGAGCGUGUCGCAGAUCAACCAGAAGGUCAAGGAGAACAGCAUCAACGUCAUUUUCGCCGUCACGUCCGAGCAGCGCGCCACCUACAACGAGCUGAGCCGGCACAUCGAGGCGAGCUCGGCCGGCACGCUCUCCAACGACUCCUCCAACGUCGUCCAGCUGGUCAAGGAGCAGUACGACGCCAUCACGUCGUUCGUGGAGAUGAAGGACAACUCGACCGAGUUCCUGCGGAUCCGGUACUACUCGGCGUGCCGCGGGGACGGCCCGCCGGAGGAGACCAACCGCUGCGACGGUCUCAAGAUCGGCGAGCAGGUCGACUUCACGGCUAAGAUCGAGCUGGUCAAGUGCCCGACGGACCCGGCGCGCUGGAACGACGUCAUCGAGAUCAAGCCGGCCGGCCUCAACGAGUCGCUGAUCAUCGACCUGGCCAUGCAGUGCCAGUGCGACUGCGACCGCCCCGGCGGCCCGGGCUACAAGGAGGCGUUCCUGGCGAACGAGUGUAACUUCGCCGGCGCGCUCAAGUGCGGCAAGUGCGUGUGCGACAGCCAGCACUUCGGCGCGUACUGCGAGUGCUCGCAGAGUGACCCGAACGGCAGGCUGGGCGAGGAGCGCUGCCGGCCGGAGAACACCACGGGCAUCCUGUGUCACGGCCGCGGCGAGUGCGUCUGCGGACAGUGCCAGUGCUACGCCCGGGAGAACGAGAACGAGGUGGUGAUGGGCGAGUUCUGCGAGUGCGACAACUUCUCGUGCGACCGUCACGAGAAGCUGCUGUGCUCGGGUCCCGACCACGGCAGCUGCGUGUGCGGCAGCUGCGAGUGCCUGCCCGACUGGACGGGUAACGCCUGCCAGUGUCCGGCCAGCAACGCCUCCUGCAUCGCGCCAGGCGAGACGCGCCAGUGCUCGGGCAGCGGCGUCUGCGACUGCGGCCAGUGCAAGUGCUUCGAGGACGAGGACGGCCGCUACUCGGGCCGCUUCUGCGAGGACUGCCCGACGUGCCGCGGCAAGUGCGCCGAGUACCGGCCCUGCGUCGACUGCGUCGUCUUCGACACCGGUGACCUGAAGGACACCUGCCUGGAGAGCUGCCAGCACCUCAUCAUCAACAAAACGGACGUGGUGGAAGUGGAGUCGCCCGACGAGCGCAUGUGCACCUUCAGCGACGAGAAGGGCUGCCGCUACCGCUUCGUCUACGGCUACGACGAGGACAACAACCCGGUGAUCCGCGCCCAGGACACCAAGAAGUGCCCGCCGGCCAUCAACAUUCUGGGUAUCGUGCUGACGCUGAUCGCCGCCAUCGUGGUGGUCGGCAUGGCCGUGCUCAUGCUGUGGAAGCUGCUCACCACCAUCCACGACCGGCGCGAGUAUGCCAAGUGGGACUCGGAGCGCAAGAUGGCCAAGUGGGACACGGGCGAGAACCCGAUCUACAAGCAAGCCACGUCCACCUACAAGAACCCGGCGUACGGCGGCAAAUAGGCUCGCCCAGCCCCGAGACAGCCAGGAGUCGAGGACUGCCCAUCCCCGCGCCCGCCGACGCUGGGCGACAGGUCGGCGCUGGUGCGCAGCCUCGCCAGACAAGCCAGCGGACCGGUGCGAAUGAACUUGACGGCGGCGCAAGUGACAAUAAUGGCGCCCCUGUUGGCGGGCUUCGCUGCGCUCUGUCAGCAUACGGCGUUGGAAGGCCUGUCAUCGCGGAUUCGUUUCAUGAGGAUUCGACAUUGGUAAUCUCAGCUUAGUUGUGACUGCAGUUAGCGCUCCUCUGUGUUUGGCCGCGGUGGGCGGGCGGCACCGGCCUGCCCGGAGCGGGCAGCUGACUAUUCGGCGCGAUGUGGCUCCUCGCCGCCGUUAUGAAAAUGACAUCAUUUGCGUGGUGCGUGUCGCUCCAGUUGUCAUGUCACCGGACGAUGUGGCCUCGCGAUAGGCCUUGAGCUUUACACUGUUCGGACCGUGGCGCCGCCACAUCACACACGGCCGGUCAGAUGUGGCGCUUUUGAAGCGACGUGCCCGGCGCGCCAUUUUAUUUGGCGCGGGCCGCCGGUGCCCGCCCUGCGAACAUCGACGGGCCAUCGGGACGCGGCCUCGGCGCGUGCGAGUGCGAGAGUGGCAAGGCUAGUCGUAGGAAGAGGUGUAGUCGCAGUGUAUCGGCCGAUGGCGGACCGGCGGCGUCCAUAUUCACGCAAGAUUCUGCUCACCCGAGAACUACGCUGCUAGUGCCGGUCGGGUUGAUGCCCGCUGAGGUCUUCUUUAGGCUCGCCUGGCGGCAUGCUGACUGGAAGUUUCUCGAGGUCGGUUCCCCGUGCGUGGAGCGGUUUCCUGUACCUCGCGCUCGUGGGCGUCUGUGCCUUGUAGCUAUGCCUGCCAUCUUACGUGUUAGGAGUAAGCCUUUGGAGCAGACUGGAUCAUGUCGGGCAGCCCAGGAGUAAUUGAUGAAGUGUGCGUGUGUGGCCGCGUAACAUGAGCAUGCAGCAGCAAGGUUUAAUGCAACAGGGGUGUGUGGCUCGGCAUUUGUGUUCUUCCAGAUAGCGUCCGAAGUCUUCUACUUAACUGAUGAGAAAUCAAUUCACGCUUGUUUUUGUAGGUGCGUGCGUGUUUCAUCUGUGUGCCAUACUCGUCGGUAUAUGUGAGCCUUGUCAGUUUUAUAUAAUAUAUUAACUUUAAUAUUCA